AUGUAACGACAGUUAAGAUUAACUUCCGCAAGAGAUGUAGGCGGGAACUUUCAUUUAAAACAAAAAAUUGCAAGAAACCUCGUAAAGAAACGCAACGUCUUAUCAACUCAGGAAUCGAAGCAUAUGGUACGGCAGUUAGUGUCGCAUCUUGGGACGUCUAGUUUUCGUUAUUCACCGAGCAAGCAGGUUAUUUGGGCAAAUAAAUAUAAGCAAGGCCUAUAUCGGGCUCCUCCUGUGAACAUCUAUGUGAAUGCUACUGAAAUCUUUAUGAUCGAGAUUUGACCACAAAAACCCAAACUAUGGAUCCGUUGGACUUUAAAACCAACGACGAAUUAACCCAAUUUUUCCGCUGCAAUAAGACAGUCAUAUCGGGCAUCGAACAUCCAGACACGUUAUUUCGUCAACUUAGAGACCACAACCUCAUUCCCGAGGAUAAAUAUAAGAAACUGAUGAAGAUGAGAUGCAUGCAGAGAAAGGUGAAAGGGGUCUACGAGGUACUGGAAUGGCUGGAGACGACGUGUCCCGAAAACAUCUCGCACUUCUGGAAGUGUGUUUUCAAAGACCACAUCCUCCAGCAGUACCCGAUUCUGCGCCUCCUGCGAGACAAACUGCUGAGCGAGUCCUCGACUUCUUCUGGAAAGCUCCCAGAGAAGAAGGGAACAAUGGAGGCAGAAGGAGGAAAGGGGGUCAAAAGAAAGAUAACAGGGGAUGGAAAUAAGGCAGGGAACCUGGAGGACGCAGAGAGCUCUGAAGAGGAGCAGACUGGUCUCUUGUCAAAGGCUGCGCCCAUGAGGAAGGAGAAAUUGGGGACGUCCAGAUGCUCGUCCCCCUUCAAAAAAAGCAAGACAGAGGAAAUCCGGAUACAGCAAAACAUUCUCCCUGUGGUCUGCGGAGACAAGAAGGGGUCUCUUUACAGAGAGAAGCUGGCUAAAGGAGAGAAAUGUAUCAAGGCAGACGAACGCUGGUUUUACCCCUUUGAGUUUGAGGAAUAUGCAGGGAAAAAGUCCAGCCGGAACUGGAAGACCAGCAUCCGCUAUCAGGAUACCACCCUGCUAAAGCUGAUCAAGAAGGGUGAUUUGACAUGUGGAAAAUUUAAGCAACGCUGUUCUCCGAGUAUUGCGAGACCAGAAUUAAAAAAUCAAGCCGAAGUCUCCACCUCAGGGUCCAAGUCAAAGAGACAGAGGAAAGAGGCCGGAGAAUCACCAGCAGGGGGUGCAGAAGCCCAUGACAGGGGGGAUGGUGAGGAGUACGUGUCCCAUUUUGCAGGAAACCGUCUUCCGGUAACUUGUGGAUCAGCCAGAGGGAUUCUACAUAAAGAUCGCUUUGUGUCAGGGUUACAGGGGAAGUGCAUUCGGAUGGAAGACAAGUGGGUGACACCAGUGGAUUUUUUGAAGGAGAACCCAACAUCACGUAACAGCAAAUGGAUGAGCAGGAUCCUGUGUUCCGGAAAGCCCCUCAGCGACCUCCUCGAGAAAAGGGUCCUGAACUUUCACCCACUCCAGUGUCAAUGCAGCCUGUGCACCAAUCAGGAUCAGGCUUUGAGGGAGCAAGACAAUGACGAUGACUGCUUCGUUUGCGAUGUGCCAGGCCGCCUGCUGUGCUGUGAUCAGUGCCCGCGAGCCUUCCACUUUGAGUGCCACCUCCCUGCUGUGACUGGUGAAGCUGCGGAUUACAGCAACAAGUGGAUUUGCACUUACUGCGUGCUGAAGAAUACUCAGGGUUGGCGACACCCCUGUGAAAUGACACUCCAGGUUGCGCUAGAGAGCCCUAUUUCGGCUCGCCUGCUGGACUGCCAGUACCUCCUGUUGUGUCUGUACAAGGAGGACAAGGAAAAGGUCUUGAAAGGUGACCCCCAGCACCUGGCAAGUAACUAUACCAAAGUCAUCAAGGAGCCAAUGUGGCUCGACAAGAUUGCAGAGAAGCUGCAGAACAAGUCCUACUCCACUGUGGGGCAGUUCUUCUCGGAUGUCCAGCUGAUGUUUCGAAACUGUGCAUCUUUGAGUCAGGGGAAUUAUUAUGUGGAGCUGGCAACCAAACUCACCAGUUUGUUUGAUGAGGAAUUUAGGAAAGUCUUCUUCAUACACCGUUAACCUCAGAUAAUUGUGGUGUCUAAGUAUAUCUGUAUUGUAUUAAGUAUUUGGAAAAUAUGACUGAGUAUUACAGGCCAGACUACUUUGGAAGCAGGGUUGGAAAGUAACAGUAAAAAGUAUUUUUUUACUCUUAAGUAGUAUUUCAGUGGAUGACUUUUAUUUGAGUAACAUUUUGGUGUGGUAUCUUUACCUUGAGUAUGAAAAAUGAGUACUUUUUCCACCAUCGGCUGGAAGUAUUUAUAGAAAGGUGGUUGUCACAUCUGUUACAGAUUUAAAAUUGGAAUCUGUAAAUGACAUGCCAGGUGAGAAAAAGACAACAAUGCAGGUGGCUUCAAGUUUAGUAUCUAAUUACUUGCUCAUUCAAAGUUGUUUUAAAUGCAUUUUACUUUAAUCGUUAUGCUUAGGGUCUGUAAAAGACAAACAAACAAACAAAUUUAUUUUUAUAUAGCGCAUUAUCACAACAUUACAUUGUCUCAUUUUAUGAGACAAGACUCAUAUUUUAUCUGUCAGCUGACCUGCAAACAUAUCAACUGCCUGCUUUUAUAAAAUCUAUCAACUUUUUCUGUAAAAGAUUUACUAACUUUACUAAGAAUACUUGUAUUAUCUUAUGCCUUUAAAAUUUAAAGCUGAAUUUAACCACAA